AUGUCAAAGCGAGUCCUGACAAACAUAUCAAAUGUGAACAAUAAUAACGGUCUGAAUGGCAACAAAGCGGUCAAACGGACUCUCGGUUUGUCUCAUACCAAUCCCCUCCAGAAGAAGAAUAAAGUCUUAUUGAACGACGAGAAUGUGGUCGAAGAAGACACCGCUUGUCACAAGAAAACAGAUCCAACCCUUAGUAUUGAGCGCAAAGUUAAGGCCAUUAGUAUUGUCACUUGUUUCUCUUCGGCCGAAAUGAUGUCAAAGCGAGUCCUGACAAACAUAUCAAAUGUGAACAACAAUAACGGUCUGAAUGGCAACAAAGCGGUCAAACGGACUCUCGGUUUGUCUCAUACGAAUCCCCUCCAGAAGAAGAAUAAAGUCUUAUUGAACGACGAGAAUGUGGUCGAAGAAGACACCGCUUGUCACAAGAAAACAGAUCCAACCCUUAGUAUUGAGCGCAAAGUUAAGGCCAUUAGUAUUGGAUCCAAAACGAAGACAGAGGAAGAAGUGGAUAUCAAAACCGAGUCAGAAGUGUCUGAAUUGAGUGAUGACUCGUUUGAUGGCAACGAUACUAUAGAUUUUGCGGAUCCGACCACUUAUUACUCGGCGCCCAAAGACAUGCCCUCAACGGUCGUCGACUACGAUAAGAGUCAACUGCAGAACAUAGACUCUGAACCGCAUUACGCCUCCGAUAUCUUCAGACAUUACACGGAAAGGGAGUUGAAGUGCAAAACAAAGAAGUAUAUGGAAAGUCAGCCCGAGUUAAACAAAGCCAUGCGAACCGUUCUCAUCGAUUGGAUGGUUGAGAUUCAGGAGAGCUUCGAGCUCAAUCACGAGACACUGUAUUUGGCGGUCAAACUCAUUGAUCAAUACUUAAUGCGAGAACCGAUCUCUAAAGCGCAGUUCCAGUUGAUCGGCGCCACAACUCUUCUCAUUGCCGCCAAAUUUGAUGAACGCAUUCCUCCGGCCAUUGAAGACUUCAUAUACAUCUGCGACGACGCCUACACCAGACGUGAUGUGAUUCUCAUGGAAAUGAAAAUCUUAAGAGCUCUCGAGUUUGACUUAUGUUUCCCGAUCUCAUAUCGAUUUCUGCGUCGAUUCGCUCGAACAGCAAAACAAUCGAUGGAAACGCUAACGUUGGCUCGUUUUGUGUUAGAGAUGUCUCUCUUAGAGUACGAGAUCAUAGAGGAAGCGGACUCUCGUGUGGCGGCCGCAGCACUACUCUUGGCUCUGAGAAUGAUGGGCGAACAUAAUUGGACCGAAACACUUGAAUAUUAUACGGGUUAUAAAGAGUCGGAACUUACGAUUUUAAUGUAUCGUUUGAAUGAAAUACUCUUAACGCAAACCAAAGCAAAGACCAUAAGAAACAAAUAUUCUCAUUCGAUAUUCUUCUCAGUGACCAAAUACGCUCCUUUGCCUCGUAUUAAGCAUCAAAACAGUAGUUAAUUGUCCGCUAUAAGUGGUUUUUAUCAUGUAUUUUGACAUUACAUCCUUUCUUUAAAGCCGUCUUUUAUUAUAAUAUUUUCGAUUUUAGUUUUAUGAAUAUUUAUUGGAAAUGAGUCC